ACAGAUAAUAUAUUAAAAGUUGUUAGUGCACCUGUUGAGUGAUGUGUGCAGUGCGUAGUACUAGACACCUUCUUUUUACUGGGAAGUAGUAAAAAUUCACAAAUUACGCAUACCGGCAGAGACCAUAAUUGUUUCAUUCAUAUAUGUAUAAUGCAGUAGAACGAUCAGUUGAUAGACACUUAACAGAAGAUAGCAGAAUAGUAUGCAACGGUGAUUUAGUUUUUGUCAACUUGCUUCGGUUUUUCGUUAAUCGUCCUUAGGUUAGGAAGGAAUUCCAGUGUAAUGACCACUGAUACUAUAUGCAUAUCACUGGUAAUGACAAAGAGAUACGAAUGGCCUCAUCAUACACAAUCAUAUGAUGCGUUUUCCACUGAAUCAAAAAACCACAGUAAAAGACUCUGCCAACACAAAUUACUUGUUAGACGAUAUGGAUCCGUUGCUAAGAUCGGCAGGUAUAAGUGAUGUGUCCAUAAAAAUCUGAGGAUAAUACUCAAUAUCAUGGUGCGGAAUUUCUCAAGAAAGAAAAAACAGGACACUGCAGCCUGAUGUUCUCGAAGCCAUAUCUGACAUGAGCUUGGUACCGAAAACAACAGUACCGACGCCGAAGUCAAACUCUGAAAGCCUGUUGCCUAAAGCUGGCAGAUCGCACCCACGGUGCACGACCAGAGACGAUGCAUCCAAGGGACACGGCUGCAGAUGGUUCGAGUUUUGGUGGGGACCAAAGAAGUCGGGGCCCGCGCUUACGAUUACUCACAUGUGUAUAGGAAGGUGCGCGUCGAUCACUUUGCCCUGGUAUACCUGUGGAGGAUCUCCGGUACCGGACGGGAUCUACUUAGGCCCGAAGGCUCGGCGCGAUUCAGUAGACCCGUUGACGUCCGCACUUCGCCCAGUCUGCUACCAGCUUCGUUUCAAUUCGAAUUGGCGACAAUCUCUGCAGUACGCACCGAAAACGACAGUUGAUCAUCCUCUGCCCCCCACCGGACACGAAGAAAUUAUUUGACGAGCUGAUCACGUACGAUCAGAGCCGCAAUGAUCAACGGCCGACGAGUCCAGAGGCCUUACCUCAUCGUGAUCCUCUUCAUCGCGCAGGCGCUCGAUGAUUCCGGAGUCAAAGGUCACGGCCGCAUGAUGGACCCGCCAUCCCGCAACAGCAUGUGGCGGUUCGGAUUUCCAAAUCCCGUCAAUUACAACGACAACGAACUCUUCUGCGGCGGGUAUGCAGUUCAAUGGGUCCAGAACCAGGGUCAGUGUGGAGUAUGUGGGGACGCCUACCACACGAGCGAGCCUCGCCCCCACGAAGCUGGAGGUGAAUUCGCAAAGGGGACGAUAGUCAGGCAUUACACAGUCGGUCAGGAAAUAGAAAUUGAGAUUGAGCUGACGGCGAACCACUGGGGACGUUUCGAGCUGUAUUUGUGCCCUAACAACAACCCGAACAGCGAGGCGACCCAGGAAUGCUUUGACAGAUAUCCUCUCUACUUGUCUGGAACAAACGAUGUGCAGUUCGUUAUUCCAACGGACAGUGACAAGAAAGCUAUCUUUCGAUACCAGGUCGUUUUGCCGCCAUACAUCACCUGCUCACAGUGUGUAAUUCAGUGGAAUUAUUAUACAGGUAACAUGUGGGGACUUUGCGACAAUGGAACGGAAGCUGUCGGUUGUGGACAACCUGAGACAUUCAGGAAUUGCGCGGAUGUUAGCAUAGUCACCAGCACAGCCGGAGUACCGCCACUCUUUGUGCAACAGGACAAUCCGUUCUUGCUCUACUACAGAGACUAUCGUGCACCGAACAAUAUCUUCCCAUUAGUGAUUAGGUCCCAAGUUUGCGUACCGACACCGCUGUACCGUCGUAUUCCAGGAAUGGACGAAUGGUGCCAAACAAACUGCCUUCGGUAUCCACCAAAUUGUCCCGAAAGCAUAUGUCAAUGCCCAAACACUUGUGACGCUAUUGGUGAAAUUGAGGCUAAAGCUGGCGCUGACGUUUACUGCUUGGACAAGUGUUUGGUCUAUCCAUCAGAUUGUCCAGCCCACCGUUGUCGCUGCUAUUAAAUUUUGUUUGGCACACCUUGAUUAGGAACAUGACGAAUUGAGAAUCCCUGAAUUCUUCAAGCGCACCACAAUGGUCUGGAUUAUCCCUGCACCAACGUUCAUUCUAACGUUCUACACCUCUCUCAAAAUUAUGACGCAAUCUCUCUACCGUUUCGUUUCUAUUUUUCGUUAGAAAAGUUCCCACUAUUACGCAUUUGUACAGAUCUUUUAAGCCUGGAUUAAAAAUACACUUGAAGAAUUAA